GACGCUGAGAUAUCAGCAUCAAUCAGCACAGGCGCGUCCAGAAACUUAGAGACUGCUCAAAAGAGGGGCUCCACUAUUCUCAAUUUGAAAUGUGUAGACGCUCAGUUCAAAAUGAAAGGGAAGAGGGAGGUGGGGGGGACUAAGAAAGAAGCAGCUUUGGUCAACUAAUAUGAGAAAGCCUGGAGUGAACAGAAUGCUGAAGUGGUAGUCUUUGGAUUGCUAUUAGAGCUGGUUGAGAAAAAAAUCUUGACUUUCUUUCGUCUGGAGUAGGCGAUGGAAGGACGAUCCGAUUCUGGCGUGAUGCGUGACAGGGCUAAUGGGGAAAACUCUUCUUGAGUUUCAAUCUACUAAAGGGGACGUUCUUCCUGCUCACAAGUUUGGCACACAUGACGUGGUUGUUUUAAGACCUAAUAAGGCUGAUUUGGGGUCUCCUGCACUUGGACAAGGUGUGGUUUACCGGUUAAAGGACUCUUCAAUCACUGUUGCUUUUGAUGACAUCCCAGAAGACGGUUUGAAUAGUCCCCUUCGUCUUGAGAAAGUGGCCAAUGAGGUGACAUACCAAAGGAUGAAGGAUGCCUUGGUACAAUUGAGUAAAGGUGUGCAGAAGGGACCUGCAGCUGAUCUCAUUCCUGUUUUAUUCGGGGAGAGCCCACCGACAGUGACCAAAAAGGAUGUCAAAUUCACCCCCUUCAACUCCAACCUUGAUAACUCUCAAAAAGAUGCCAUUUCAAAAGCCCUGUCAUCAAAGAAUAUAUUCUUGCUGCAUGGCCCUCCUGGAACUGGAAAAACCACAACUGUGGUGGAGAUUAUCUUACAAGAAGUGAAACGUGGAUCAAAGAUUCUUGCAUGUGCUGCUUCAAAUAUUGCUGUAGACAACAUUGUUGAGCGACUUGUUCCUCACAGAGUAAAUUUGGUGAGAUUGGGGCAUCCUGCACGUUUACUGCCUCAAGUAUUGGAGAGUGCGCUGGAUGCUCAGGUUUUACGGGGCGAUAAUAGUGCUUUGGCUAGUGACAUUCGGAAGGAAAUGAAGGUCUUAAAUGGGAAACUGUUGAAAACCAAAGACAAAAACACCAGGAGAGACAUCCAGAAAGAGCUUAGAACUCUUUCUAAAGAAGAGCGUAAAAGGCAGCAACUUGCUGUUACAGAUGUAAUUAAAAGAGCAGAUGUGGUGUUGGCAACCUUGACUGGGGCGUCUUCCCACAAGUUGGAUAACACUUCAUUUGACUUGGUGAUUAUUGAUGAAGCUGCUCAGGCACUUGAGAUAGCAUGCUGGAUAGCUCUACUAAAGGGUUCAAGAUGUAUACUUGCUGGUGACCAUCUUCAGCUUCCCCCAACAAUUCAAAGUGUUGAAGCUGAGAGGAAAGGUUUGGGAAGAACCCUAUUUGAACGCCUUGCAGACAUGUAUGGAAAUGAAGUCAUGUCAAUGCUCACCGUACAGUACCGCAUGCAUGAGCUUAUUAUGAAUUGGUCAUCUAAAGAGCUAUACAGCAGUAAGAUUAAAGCCCAUCCAAGUGUUGCUGCACAUAUGCUUUUUGAUCUUGAGGACGUGAAGAGAACCACUUCGACCGAACCCACCAUUCUUCUCAUAGACAUAGCUGGGUGUGAUAUGGACGAAAAGAAGGAUGAAGAAGAUAGCACAUUGAAUGAGGGUGAAGCAGAAGUUGCGAUUGCCCAUGCAAAGAGACUUGUUCAAAGUGGAGUCCGGGCUUCUGAUAUUGGUAUUAUUACCCCAUAUGCUGCACAGGUUGUGUUACUAAAGAUAUUGAAAAGCAAUGAAGAGAAACUAAAACACGUGGAAAUCUCAACAGUAGAUGGCUUCCAGGGACGAGAAAAGGAAGCUAUUAUUAUUUCCAUGGUUCGAUCAAACUCAAAGAAAGAGGUGGGGUUUCUGAGUGAUCGCAGGCGAAUGAAUGUGGCUGUGACACGGGCUAGAAGGCAAUGCUGUCUUGUCUGUGACACCGAAACAGUGAGUAGUGAUGGGUUCUUGAAACGAUUAAUUGAAUAUUUUGAGGAGCAUGGUGAGUAUCUAAGUGCCUCAGAGUAUCAAAAUGAAUAACUAAAGAAAACUUAAGGAAGAUAAUUUUAUAGUUCUUCUGGAUGAAAAGUUGUUUCAACUUGCUAUUUUUGACAUGCAAAGUUGUCUGGAAACUAGGCUGUAGCCUGUUGGACACAUCUUAUUCAUUUCUACCGUGCCUUGUGUUCAUUGUGUCAAAAGUAAAAGACCAAUUAUCUUUGCACUUUCA